CUCAUAUAUCUUUUCACCACUCUUUUCUUUCUUUCUUAAAGCUGGAAAUUCAACCCGGAGAAUGACUCCCACUUGGAUCACAGAAGCCCGUUGAACAUCCCGACAAAGACAAGCUGCGCCCGAACAAGGAAGCGAUCAUCCUCCCGCCCAUCUGGUCAGAUUCAUCUGUAAGGGGGAAAAAUAUCAACGUCCAAUCUGUGCCAAAAUAUCAAGUCAUCCUCAGACUAAGGGUCUAAUCUGAAAAGUGAAGAACUAAACCGACGUUGAAACGCAGAGGCUCAAAGAUUAAAGGCAGCUAGUCAGAGGUACAAGAGACGAACCAGGCCAGAUGACAGGAGGGGCGUUUAUCCCAACCGCAGAUGAGUUUGACGAUAGUGGGAGUCAUGAAGUUCAAUGGGUUGGGAAACCAAGUAUUAAGGGACCGAGAUGGGCGAAAGUCCCAUUUCUCACUAUUGGCAUGUUAGGAAUACAAUGUGUAUGGUCUAUAGAAAUGGGUUACGCCUCUCCAUACCUCCUAGAACUCGGAUUAUCAAAAUCAUGGAUGUCCCUCGUCUUCAUGGCUGGUCCUCUUUCUGGACUCGUUGUUCAACCCCUCAUCGGCGUUCUGGCAGAUCGUUCAAAGUCUCGGUUUGGUAGAAGAAGACCUUUCAUGUUGGCCGGAAUCACCAUUUGUGCUAUCGCCAUGAUGCUCCUCGGUUGGACUCGAGAAGUUUCUUCUUUCUUUGGAUUUGGCUCUUGGAUGGCCGUCACCUUGGCCGUGUUUGCGAUUUAUCUCAUCGAUUUUAGUAUAAACGCCGUCAUGAGUACGGAUAGAGCACUGGUGGUUGAUACGUUGCCGAAUAAUAGACAGGACGAAGGAAGUGCAUGGGCGGGAAGAAUGUUUGGAUUUGGAAGUUUGGCAGGAUUUUUUGUAGGCAACUUGGACCUCCCCCCCGUCCUACCUUUUCUGGGCAAGACACAAUUACAAAUUCUGUCCUUCAUUACUUCCGCUAUACUCCUGACUUGUCAUUCACUGACCUCUUGGGCGGUCACAGAACGAGUGCUUCUUCGUGACGACCGACCGAACGCCAAGAAUGGGCUCUUUGCGAGUCUGAAAGCCAUCUGGGAUAACAUCUUUUCUUUACCUCCUGGAAUACGGAUGGUGUGUAUCAUUGAUCUAUUUGCUUCCCUUGGUUGGUUCCCCAUCCUGUUCUUCACCACCGUCUGGGUGUCCGAAAUCUACAAACGCUCUAUGCCCCAAGGCGACCUCUCAGACGAAGUAUUUGAAGGUCGAGCAGUCCGAUCCGGCGCCCGAGCUCUCUUCUUCCAAGCCAUCAUCAAUAUCCUCAUCAGUGUAUGUCUCCCACCUUUCGUCGCUGAAUCCGGUAUCGUCCUUGACGACGUGGCCGGUUACUCGCCUUUGAAUGGCGGAGGCAAUCCCGAUCGACCACCAAACUCCGCCUCACGGAAACGGAUGAGGGAAAUCGAUGAUGGGUCGAGCUUCAUUCAGCGAUCGCUUGAUAGAGGGAAGAACUUGAUCGCUAGUCUGAAGGAUGGGUCCGCAUGGGCUCUGCCUAUACCCGGCCUCACACUCAUAAGCAUCUGGUGGAUCAGUCAAUUUAUCUUUGCUGGCUGUAUGGCCGCAACUUUGUUCGUAGAGACAGUCACGGGAGCAUACAUCAUAAUUGGGAUUACUGGAAUCACCUGGGGCGUUUUCCAAUGGGCACCCUUCUCCCUGCUCGGCGAAUUGAUCCUCAUUGACGGUCAAAUCGACCGUGAUCAACCAGACGUCUUAUUCAUGCGAACUUCCGCCGAAUCAGAAGCUCAUCUCCUCCGUCCACACCGAACACAUUCACGUUCUUCUCCUCCCCUACCCGUCUAUUCCGUUGAUCUUUCCGGACCCAGCACGUCAGCCUCAACCUCUGCUUCGUCCCCUCACCCCGAAUCAUCCCCCAUACAUACUCGACAUCAUUCUCGAUCUUCCCUCACUCUCAAUCAUCAACAUCAUGAAUCAUCCCCGACUCGAAAAUCCACCGAUACCAUGCCAGAGAACGGCACAACUCAAAAUCUCACCCCUCUCGUGAUCCAGACUCCACAGAUGGAAGAUCACUCCUCCACCGUCAUCGUACGACACUCCUCGGAUACGUCCUCCAAAUCUUCAUUCGAAGGUGACGGAGCGGACCCAGGAAACAGCUCAUUCUCCGCUCGGUCGAAUUCAAGUGAAAGGAAAGGAAUGGCCGAUAAGGCAGGGGUGAUAUUGGGUAUCCAUAACGUAUUCCUUGUCAUGCCCCAGUUCUUGGUGACGAUCCUGAGUAGCGCCAUUUUCUAUCUCAUGGAACCUGACAAAAGUCUGCCGAGUCAUCAUCCGCAUGCCAAUCCCGUGGUCAAUGGGACAGUAGCGGCGGUAGAAGCUCCGACGGGGGUCGUGGAACUGGGGGAGAGAUUGAUGAGAAGAGAAGGAGUGAUGCAAGCAGGGAGUUCGGACGCCGUAGGAUUGAUCUUUAGAAUUGGAGGCGUGUCAGCAGCAGUAGGUGCCUUCUUGACAUGGCGUCUGGCACGUCGAUGGGCUAGAGGGAAAGGUAUUUAGAUCACACUUCGGAAUUUGUGCAAUGUGCAAGCAUGCAUCGCAUCAUCAUUAG